UUCCUGCAGUUAAACUGGUUGGGCUGGAGACAGACAUGACACUGACAGCCUAGAUCUGUUUAUCAACAACUAUUAACACCGUUUAGCUGUUCCCCUCGGAUUUUCCUACAUUUUUUACAGGCGUUUUUUUCUUUUUUUUCCUUUUACAGUCGCUGAAUUUAGAUUACACAACAGUUGUUGGAGCCUCCACCUGUUAUCGGCUGAUUCUGAGGGCUAAGUUGGCUAACGACUGCUAGCUUAUAUAAGCCAAGUGUGACUUUAUUCUGUGCCUCGGCUGCGUGUGUCAAGGUUAUCAACAUGCUACUGUGAGUGACGUACAGAGUAUUAAUACUUACAAUGGCCAUCUUGGGGGUUCAAGGAUGCUCCAAUCCAGAAAGCUGCCCGCCGACUCUUGCCCCCAACACCUCCAGGGAGUACUGCUACUCUGGUCGAAUCCUCAGUACAGUGCUCCAAGGGCUGCCCUUCGGUGGGGUGCCCACUGUCCUUGCCCUUGACUUUAUGUGUUUUUUGGGGCUGCUGUUUGUGUUCUCCUUCUUGAGAAAAGUAGCAUGGGACUAUGGACGCCUCGCCCUGGUCACAGACGCUGACAGAAGAGCGGAUCAACGGUACAGUCGUCUGGAUGAUCGGGAAUAUAUGGCUUCCGGCAUGACGUCAGAGACCUCUGAGCGCUAUGAGCGCCUCACCUCAGUUUCCAGCUCAGUGGACAUUGACCAGAGAGACACGGGCUUCUGCUCGUGGCUGACUGCCAUCUUUCGGAUCAAGGAAGAUGAGAUAAGGGACAAAUGCGGGGAAGAUGCAGUGCAUUACUUGUCCUUCCAGCGACAUAUCAUUGGCCUGCUGGUAAUCGUGGGCGUGCUCUCUGUGGGCAUCAUCUUACCUGUCAACUUCUCUGGAAACUUACUAGAAAACAAUGCAUACAGUUUUGGGCGAACCACUAUAGCAAAUUUGAAUGCAGAUAACGCACUACUUUGGCUGCACACUACCUUUGCAUUUCUCUACCUGUUACUCACGGUGUACAGCAUGAGACGGCACACAUCCAAGAUGCACUACAGAGAGGAUGAUCUGGUGAAACGCACUUUAUUUGUUAAUGGCAUUUCCAAAUAUGCAGAGGAGGCCGAGAUAAGGCAACACUUUGAGCAGGCGUAUGAAAACUGCACUGUGCUAGAGGCUCGCAUCUGUUAUAAUGUGGCCAGGCUGAUGAGUCUCAACUCUGAAAGGAAGAAAGCAGAGCGCAGCAAGAAAUUCUUUGUUGACCUGCAGACCAAGGAGCAUAUUACCACUAUGAUCAACCCAAAGCCCUGUGGACAUCUCUGCUGUUGUGUCAUCAAAGGGUGCGAACAGGAGGAGGCUGUGAGUUAUUACACCAAGCUGGAGGCAAAUCUGAAGGAUGACUACAGGAAGGAGAGAGAGAAGAUUAACAGGAAACCAUUAGGAAUGGCCUUUGUCACCUUCCAGAAUGAGUCCAUCACUGCCACAAUUUUAAAGGACUUUAACGCCUGCAAGUGUCAGGGCUGUCACUGUCGUCGCGAGCCCAAGUGCUCUCAGUUCAGCUCCAAGCUGCACACGCACUACUGGACCGUCGGCUACGCGCCCGAUCCACAGAACGUCUACUGGGAGCAUCUGUCAGUGGGAGGAUUCUCAUGGUGGCUCCGCUGCUUCAUCAUCAACUGUGUCCUCUUUCUUCUGCUCUUCUUCCUCACCACCCCAGCUAUCAUUAUCUCCACUAUGGACAAGUUUAACGUAACCAAACCAGUGGAGUACCUAAAUAACCCAAUCAUCACCCAGUUCUUCCCCACACUUCUUCUGUGGGCUUUCUCCGCCUUGCUUCCUACUAUUGUCUACUACUCUGCCUUCUUCGAAGCACACUGGACCCGAUCGGGGGAAAACAGAACCACAAUGCAUAAAUGCUACACUUUCCUGAUCUUCAUGGUCCUGUUGCUGCCCUCCCUAGGACUCAGCAGUCUGGAUGUUUUCUUCCGUUGGGUUUUUGACAAAAGUUUCUUGGCAGAUGCUAAAGUGAGAUUUGAGUGCGUAUUCCUCCCUGACAAUGGAGCCUUCUUUGUGAACUAUGUCAUUGCAUCUGCAUUCAUUGGUAAUGCCAUGGACCUGUUGAGAAUCCCUGGUCUACUCAUGUACAUGAUACGCCUCUGCCUGGCUCGCUCUGCCGCUGAGAGGAGGAACGUGAAACGGCACCAAGCCUAUGAGUUCCAGUUUGGGGCAGCGUAUGCAUGGAUGAUGUGCGUCUUCACCGUGGUCAUGACCUACAGCAUCACCUGCCCAAUCAUCGUCCCUUUCGGUCUGAUGUACAUGCUACUGAAACACCUCGCAGACAGGUACAACAUGUACUACGCCUAUCUGCCAACCAGACUGGAUAAGAAAAUUCAUUCUGGAGCUGUCAACCAAGUGGUGGCUGCCCCCAUUCUCUGUCUGUUCUGGCUUUUGUUCUUCUCCACUGUCCGCUCGGGGUUUUCUGCGGCAACGUCCAUGUUUACCUUUGUGGUUUUGAUAAUCACAAUCAUCAUUUGCCUGUCUCAUGUCUGCUUUGGACAUUUUAAAUAUCUAAGUGCUCACAACUAUAAGAUUGACUCCCAGGAUGUAGACGCCGGGGAGAAUGGACGCCCGGUGUGCAGGACUACUGCGAGCAAGGCAGCGCAAAUGUACAUCGCUCAGGUACUUCAGGACCCGGGAUCAGAGGAGGCUGGAUCAGGCAGCGGGGACGACGGUCAGGGGUCCUCGCAGGACGAAGACAUAAUCAAUGUUCAAAAUGGCCUGAAUGAGGACUUCCAGUCUGGUGAGGACAGCCUCAUUGAUAAUGAGGUGCGGCAUUGAAACGGCCAGGAAGAGGAUGGAAAAACGGUUUAGUCUAACUUAAUGAGUGCACUGAAUAUGUGAAUUAAAUAUGGAACUGAACCAACAGUUCUCCAAAGCAUCUCAAGCUCCACAGAGGGACCUUACACUAACUAACAUAAGCACACAUGCUACUAAGGAUUAAAUGGAUUCUCUCAAGGAGAUUUUCUUCAUUGGGUCUUAUCAAACUACAUCUUCUGUGUACCUGCAGUGGCUAUGUACUCUGACAAUAGAUGGGCAGCAACAUCCGUCUGUUCUGAAGAAAAAACAACAACAACAAACUGUGGCGCACCCCAAAUCACUGCACAUGGACCAAUGGAAAGAAAAGACACUAAUGCACACACAAAGAAUUGUUUGCCUUUUCUUUGAAGGGGAGGAUGUUCUCUAUAUUCCCUUAACUUUAUUGCACUUGAAUGAAAGAACCUGUAAGUUUUACUACGGUACUGCAGUUCAGCAUGCAUAUUAAAAGGAGUGAGGGAUUUUUCUAUCUCCCAUAAUCCUUUGCCAUUAUCUCUAACUGUCUGCUCGAGAUGUUAACCAUUACUAAGCGGCUUAUGAGAGACCAGAGCGAGACUGUAGAUCCCAUGUUAGCAGAUACUUUAGCAUAUGCAGAUGUGAUGGUCUUUAAAUUGUUCUUUCAACUUCAUAGAAGUCUUUAAAGAAAACACAAUUAAAACAUUUAUUCCUAACACUCCUGGAAGCUUUGAAGUAAUUAAAGCUGCGAAAAAACUCUGGAUUUGUAAAGUAGCCUAUUUUGCCUUGAUAUUUAUUUGUAGGCAUGGAUUUCUUUUUUUAAUUCUGCCGAGCCCAGUAUAUACCCCGUAACUACAGUAUGGAAGUAGACUAUUCCAUCUUGGCACACUACACUGGUAGAAGAGAUGUGUUUGUUGUUCAGUCUCUGAGCCUUUGUUGAGACUGCUGUUGGACUGCUGCUACUGACGCUGCCCCGCGCGCGGCUGCUGCGGGAGCGCUGGAGACCGACAGCACGGGGGUUUGUUCGUGUUGUUCACAACAGGGAGAGUGGCCUCGCUUCGGUUUUCCAGGGUCUGUUUUAGAUCAUGCUCAGUGUGACCCGUUCUGUUUCAAGUAUUUUCAUUUACGUGUUUUUGUUUUGUUUGUUUUGUUUUUUAAUGUUAAUGUUUACGUUUCCUUCUAGAGAUAUUGCAAUUAGCAUUUAGCGCAGACGGCUGAUGUUAGUUUGACGUAAAUGAAAGUCUCAUUAGUCUGUCAGGCCUUCUGCGGUUCUAACGUAUCUUAUUUAGACACUUCAUCAAAUAGGUAACAUAUUGUACAUUCUCUUGGUUAGCGAGUAUUGUUACAACUUCCCAUUUAUCAGUACUUUUAUGUUGUAGGAUUUUUUUAAAUAUAAAACUGUAUAAAAUCUUGGCUGCACAUGAGAGUUUAGCAGUUACAGUUGAUGACCAGUGAAUGAAUUCCAGAUCUGUUCAUCUUUACUUGGAAAGGAACAAAAACUAAUUUGCGUUACUUCUCCUUUAGUUCUAAUCAAAGCAUCAGCUUUAAAUCCUACGGUAUCACAAAUGCAGGUUGAUUGCUACAAGGCCCUCGGCCGUGUCGGGAAGCCUGCACUAAACUCCACACUGGAUUGCGGAGCAUCCAGAAUAAAUGUUUAACAUAUCCCUAAUCUGCCACAACUACAUUAUACUGUUCUUUUUUUUUUUUUUUUUUUUUACUCUCAUUAAAACACCAAGUCAUUAAUUGUAUUAUUUUACAGAAAAUCCCAUGUAUUUAUUACCUCAGUCAGGAUUUCUCUAACUUCUUGUCACUUUAUUUUUUCUUUACUCAAGACAACACUAUGAGCUGCCCCAUUAACAACUUUUCUUUUUCUUGGAUACAGCAAGGCAAGAACCACUAUAAUUUGUCACUGUGGACCAGUUUUUACUAUUACUAACAUGAGACACGAUAGGAAACCCAGCUACUUACUGAACUAUUGUGGGAAAUAUGCACUAAUCUUCCUGUCACUUGAAUGACUGACGAAGAGGAGCACGCCACCGUGAGUGUGGUAACUACGACACUGAACUGUUUCCAUACUUUAUAUCAGCACCACGUUUGUAUAACUAUGGUACUAACAAGAGAUAUGUUUGACACCACUGUGCCUGGUGCUCUUCUCGUCAUGAUGUGGGGAUUUCUUUUUUUUUUUUUUUUCUCCUUGAACCUCUGGGAUGUCUGUGAAUCUCUGAAUGUGUCCUAAAAUAACAACUACUGUUCAGCCCUGAUGGCGAGGCUUCAAAUCUCCGCUUGUCUAACAGCUCCUCUUUUUUAUAUUUAAGCGCUGAAUGUAGGUUUAUAAUACCAAAAAUCUUUGUCCGAUAAAUGUGGCCUAAGUAUUAAUGCAACUGCUGUAUUUAAACAACUUUGAAAGGGCGUUUCUCUUGCUAAUGAGUAAUUUAACGUUUCAUACUGUAACAGAAGUCACUGGUAUCCAGCCCACGUGGUGGCAUUUAAUUUGCAAACACUGUAGAUCUGCUCUUGUUGGUUGGACCUCAAGCAUCCCAAGCCCUUGUGAAGGUGGUUUGUUUUAAUUCAGCUUAUCUUUAUUAGUUCUCUAUAGUCAGCCAAAGUCACUGGGGUGGAAAAAGUGUUGCUUUUGUAAACAGCCAAGCUAAACGGAUGUUAUCAGCUUGUUUGUACAGUAAUAUGUGUUCAGAAGGGUGGUAAAACUGGAGGAAUGUGUUUUUGUGUGCCCUGCUUUUUUCUUUUUUUUUCCUUUUCUGGAUGUUUCUCGAUAAGAACAAUAGCAGAUCUCCGCGUUUCCCUGUCUCAUUUUGUCAUUCUUUUCAAAGGGCCGUUUGUACAACGGAUAUACGAUGUAUAUAUCUGUUCUUCUGCCAAGCUCUCAACAAUAAAGCUGCAUUUAAUCAAGUCUGUUUAGCAGAAGAGUUUCUGUUUAA